AUGCAGCAAGACCUUGCCCCCUUUAAGGUCGAUGACAACUUGCUUCGUGAACUCUGGGUUCUGAAGCUCCCAAAGGCUGUCUGCAUGGUCCUGGCAUCAUGCGUUGGUUGUCCUCUCAGCGUUGCAGCCGAAGUAGCUGACAACACUAUGGCCUUUUAUUCUCAGGGUACCACCUUUACCUGUUCUGCCCUAGCGGACAAAGCCGACCAGCCGAGCGUUCUUGCCACUCAACUGGCCGCUAUCUCGGCUCGCCUAGGUAGAAUUAAACAGGCUAGUUCACAGCCCUGUCAACAAUUCCACCGGCGCCGAAGCCGGUCACGUGGCAUCUCUAGGCGCUCACCCUCGGCCUCACUCCGCAGACCCUUAUGUUGGUACCACCACAAAUGGAAUGCCCAAGCACGCCAGUGUAUUGCCCCGUGCCAGUGGUCGGGGACCGGCAAGCAGGGAAAAGGAAAGGGCAACGAGUAG